AUGAAGGGCGGCGGGUGCAAGGAGGAGUUCGUGGGGUGGGAGAAGUGCGUGGAGCAGGCGGAGGCGGAAGGCGGCUACGUCGUCGAGCGCUGCCACGACGCCACCGCCGCGCUGCGCAGGUGCAUGGACAAGUUCCCGGACUACUACGAGCCCAUCCUCCGCGCCGAGCGCGCCAUGGCCGAGGAUCUCGAGGCCUUCAAGGCCAGCGAAGCCUCCGAGCCCUCCCCCGCCUCACCGCCGCCCCCGGCGGCCGAGGAGGAACAGGGCGACGAUAAGAAGCAGGCGGAGGCGGUGGUGGCGAAGGAGAAGGAGGAUCUUGCGGCCUGA